AUGUCCGACUUCACAAUAGAUAGCUCUUUCUUAAGUGACUCAAAAAGAAUAAUUAGUGAAAGAAUAAUACCAUGGGAAGGACUUGCGAGAUCUGGAGUUGUAUCAGAAGAUGAUGCUAAUCAUAUAAAAAUAUUAGAAAAACAAUCUAUUGAAAAUAGAAAUGAAACAGUUAAAUCACAAUUAGAAUUAUAUUCAAAAUGUUUGCUUACAAUAUUAAGUAAAGUUGAAAAAGAUGAUGUUGUUAAAAAUGUUUUAACAUUAAUUAAUGAUUUACUAUUAAAAAUUCCUGAAUUUAUAAAUUCAUUAUUAAAAUUAUCAUCAAUUGAUGAAGGAUUACCAUUUGAUCCAUUUUUAAAACAUUUAAAUAAAGAUUCUUUAAUAACUUCAUUAUCAUUAUAUAAUUUAACAAUUUUAUCAAAAGGUUCUUCACCAAAUAAAGAAGUUAUUAUAACUAUUUUCAAUUCAAUAUCACAAUUAAUAGAAAAUAAUGAUUCAAAUUAUCAAUUUAUUGGAGUUCAGUUAUUACAAGAUUUAGUUACCACUAAAAAAUAUAAAAUUAUAUAUCAGCAAAAUAAUUUAGUAUCAAAUUUUAAACCAAUUAAUAGUUUAAUUACAAAACUGGCAACUCAUCCAAAUGCAACUGGAUUACAAUUAUCAUAUAAUGUUUUAUUAGCUACAUGGAUAUUAUCUUUUAAUGCAGAAAUAAAUAAAUCAAUAUUACAUAAUUUCCCACAAUUAUCCGGAAGCUUAUUAACAAUAGCAAAAGAUUCAAUAAAAUUAAAAAUUGUUAGAAUAUCAAUAGCAAUAAUUAAAAACUUUGUUAAUGUUACAACAUCAUCAAAUGAACAAUUUAAUGUUGUUAAAUUAUUAUUAUUUCAUGAUGCUUUAACAACUAUAAAUACUUUAAAAGAAAGAAAAUUUGCUCAAAAUGGUAGUGAUGAAGAAUUAUAUAAUGAUUUAGCUUAUUUAUCAGAUAUUUUAAAUGAAACAGUUAAAACAAAAUUAACAUCAUUUGAUGAAUAUUUAACAAGUUUAGAUAAUCCAAAAUUAAUAAGUUAUGCAUCACCAACUCAUAAAUCAAAUGAAUUUUGGUUAGAAAAUUCAGGAAAAUUUAAAGAUUCAAAUUAUAAAUUGAUUAAAAAGAUAUUUGAAAUUUUAAGUAUUGAUCAUAAUGAUUCGGGGAUUUGUAUUAUAUUGUUGAAUGAUUUACAAUAUUUGAUUAAAAAUUUAGGUCAAGAUUUAAUUCAUUUUAUAAAUACUGAAAAAGGUGGUCAAUAUAAAAUUUUGAUAAUGUCAUUUUUAGAAAAUAAUCAAGGUAAUAAUGAAUUGAAGUAUGAAGCAUUGAAGACGAUUCAAUUGUUAGUAGGACAUAGUUUUUAG